GCUCCGCUCGCGCUGAGUUUCACUUUCCUCGCCCAGGAGCUGGUAAGUUGUCGGCGCGGCCCGUCCUCGGUGCGGCCAUGGCGGAGCUGCUGCGGGCGUCGUCCGUCCCUUCCCUGGCCGGCUUGGAAGAGGAGCUGACUUGCUCCAUCUGCCUGUGCGUCUUCGAGAGCCCGGUGACGACGCCGUGCGGCCACAACUUCUGCCUGCCGUGCCUGGAGAUGACCUGGGGGGACGGCGGGGCGGACGCCUUCAGCUGCCCCCAGUGCAGGAGCACCUUCGCCCGCCGGCCCGAGCUGAAGAAGAACACGGUGCUGUGCAAGGUGGUGGAGCAGCUCCAGAUCACCCAAGGAGGGGGCGACGAGGCUGCCCGGGAGGAGAAGGGCUCGGGGGCCGGGAGCAGGGCCCCCUGGGUGGCCUGUGACAGCUGCCUGGAGGCGGAGGCGGCCAAGACCUGCCUCACCUGCAUGGCCUCCUUCUGCCAGGAGCACCUGAGGCCUCACCUGGACAGCCCGGCCUUCCAAGGCCACCAGUUGUCCCUGCCCAUGAAGGACUUGCAGCAGAGGAAGUGCCAGGCCCACAACAAGCUCCUGGACUUCUACUGCAGGGAACACGCUGCCUGCAUCUGCUGCAUCUGCCUGGUCAAGCACAAGCUGUGCACCGCCGUCCCUCUGCAAGAGGCCAAGGGGGCCAAGGAGUCUCAGUUGAAGAACAGACUGACAGAAGUCUAUGCUCUAACCGAGAAAGCUUCACAGUCCUUGGAUCAAGUUCGGGUGCAGCAGAAACAAACCAGUGAGAUAGCUGCCCGCAAAAUGGAGUUGUUGAGGGCAGAGUUCCAGGAAAUGAUAGCAUUAAUCAAAGAAGAAGAAAAAGCAGCAAUGACCAAGGUAGCAGCAGAGGAGAAAAGAGUUAAAGACAAAUUUGAAUAUGUCCAUACCAUCUUGGGCCGGAAGAAAAAGGAAAUCCAGGGGGAGAGAGACCAGAUUGAAAUGAUCUUGACAGAAGAUGAUGACAUUACAUUUUUAAAGAAGGCAGCUAAACUGCGACAGUCCUCUAUCAAAGAUGUAUUCAUCCCCAAGAUAGAUUUGGAUCAAAACUUGAUACAUACAAUUUAUCAAAAAACCUUUGGCCUUAAAGAAGUGGUGAAGCAGCUUGUGGCUCAGUCGCAGGAUAAGAAAACAGAAGGAAACGUUCCCGGGAAACCCAAGCCGCUAAUGUCAUUUGGGCAAUCUGGAAAAAACCCUCCCCCACAACCAGCCAAAAAGAACACUAUGUCAAAUGCUUCAAAAGAUGCUCCUAAGUCUUCGCAGGAGUCAAAUGGAGAGGAUGCUGCAGACACCAAGCAAAGAAGGCGACCUGCUAAACGCACUCCAAGUCCUUCUCAGAGAGCACGUAGUUCCAGCAGACCUCAACCUGGAACUCAGUCGGGAAGUCUGGAAACCUUUUUAAGUAAAUCGAGAGAGGAGCUCCUGGAAUUUGCUACAAAAUUCACCCUGGAUUUCCAUACAGCACAUAGCAAGGUGAUUUUAUCGGAGAAAAACACCAAAAUAUCUGUGUCAGACAACACCCAGAUGUACCCCCCGCAUCCUCAGCGCUUCACAUAUUGCUCCCAAGUGCAAGGCUUCCAGUGUUUCAAGAGAGGGAUCCAUUACUGGGAGGUGGAGCUGGAGCGCAACAACUUCUGUGGCGUUGGGAUCUGCUACGGGACCAUGGCAAGGCAAGGGGCUGAAAGCCGCCUUGGGCGUAACAGCAGCUCUUGGUGCAUCGAGUGGUUCAAUGCCCGGAUUUCGGCUUGGCACAACGACAUUGAGAAGUGCCUGCCCAACACCAAAGUGAAG